CUUGCAUAUCGUUCGUGUGGCUGAUGGCUAAAACACGGAUUGUGUGUAUCUUGGCCCUUUUUGGUGUAGCGCUCGGCUGUGUACACAUAGCUUUGUCCCUCUACUCUGGAUCAGCAGUUCAAUGGAUUCAUUACUUGGUGCAGGGGAAUCCAGCUGCCCCAAUGAGUGAUCGACGUUGGAAAUCACGGACUCGUGGCCUAUUACUGGAAUGUUUGGACGAAGUGCAUGGUGCAUGUGAGCAUUUGGAGGAUCACAGAGCCGCAGUAAAUCUCAACGACAAAGUACACCAUGCACUGAACCUGCGUACCGCUUCGCUGGCACUCACCUUCCUCGGACCUAUUAUGGCCUUAACGGCCUACAUUGUCGGGAUCGUGCUAUUCAUAACUUUCCGCAAAAAGGCGCAUCGCAGACAGCUGGUACUGUUUAUCGUCGGUUUGAUUGGAUGGAUUGCAGCAUUGGCAUCAUAUUUUGGCGUGAUAACGUUCCUCGAGGGAAAGAAACAGGAAAGCUACGUAGAUGAACAAAGCAUCACGACCUUCCGUGGAUCCUGGGACACGAUGUUGAAGGACUCAACUGUGGAGGAAUUCGGACACGUCUUUCAUCUAGCAAUCACCGCUUCUGCGUUUGGCCACGUUGGCAGCUUUUUCGUAAUGGCCGCAAGCCUAUGGAUCUGAACAGUGGAGCUGGUGAAAGAGUUUCCCAUGUGAAAAGACAAGUUGCGCAACGUACACAUCCACUGACAACACACG